CAAGACGUCUGACUUUGUUUUGCCCGCCCUCUGCAAUCUAUCUAUAAUCAGCUUGAACGAUCAAGAUGGCAGACCAGAAGAUUCUUGCGGACCAGAAGACCGCCGAAAAGCUCGAAGCGCAAAUCAAGUCUGCAGACAUGAGCGAAGAAAUGCAGCAGGAAGCGAUUGAAGUCGCCGAGGACGCAAUGUCAAAGUUCAACAUCGAGAAGGACAUUGCCAAGUAUAUUAAGCAACAGUUCGACAACAAGAAAGGAGCGACAUGGCACUGCAUCGUUGGGCGGAAUUUCGGCAGCUUCGUCACUCAUGAGACGAAGCAUUUCAUCUAUUUCUAUCUCGGCCACUGCGCAAUCCUCCUGUUCAAGACUCAAUGAUGCGCCUGCAAGUAUACGAUUAUUCCAAGUUGGGGGCUGGUAUGUGGGUGGGAAUGUUUACGAGCACGCCAUGUCGUGAGCGGUUAAAGUUGCAUGUCAUAGUACCUGUCACACACUCUUCCAUAAUUACCACUACUGAAGUAUAUAUCAUCUAGAGGCAGCAGCAGCGCUAGUGAAUUUGGUAGCCAGAAUUCAGCGCACAUGGGAACAAGAAGUAAUUGAGAGCUCGAGCAAGACUUGGCUUCGCUUGCGUGACAGGACUAGGUACAUGUAGGGUUGACUUGUUUAUGAACCGUCGAUAGAGCCAGAAGACUGGGUAGUGAAAUUGUAUUUCAGUAAAAUGCAAAACGAUUCC